AUGACCCGCAAGCGAACCUUGUCCGCCUUCCACAAGGGACAGCAGAACACCCCGGGCUCUGCCGAAAACCAAGAGGAUGAUCACAUCAGUCGGCCGAAGAAAGUGUCCAAGACCAUCAAGACCGAGCCGACAGACGAGCCAACCGGUGGUGCACUGAGCCAGAAAAUACAAGAGCAUGUUGGCCCAAGCCUAAGGGGGACACACCUGGCCUUUUCCCUGGAGAAACCUCAGCCGGAAAAACGUCAGCAUGCCAGGUCUACGGGGGGUGCUGAAUGUGCCAACUGCGGAGGGGAUGGCCAUAUGGCAGACCGCUGUAUCGGCCCAUGGGAUCCAGUUAGCGGGACGAUCAAGGCGUGCGUGCUGUGUAACGAUGCUUCCCAUGGACUGGACGAUUGUCCAAUCCUCGCAAAGCGCAGCGCGUCAGAGAGAAAAUAUGCACUGAGCAGAUACCUGAUCCUCUACCGCGGUGGGCUCCCUCCCAUCGAGUCGAGUGUCUGUUGGGUCGACUUGCUAAGCUCUACGGAAUACAAGGAAAUGCUGGCCAAGCAUUCGGCGGAGAAGGGCUACAGCCUCUAUCCUUGGACUAGAGAAUUCGCAAUCCGCCAACACAAGAACAGGUUUUGGGAGCGCUGCAGCUAUUCUCAAGAAGAUAACUCAAGAAGGACGUGGUGGCCCAACGACCCCAAGACCAACUCAGAAGCUGCAGUCCAGAGUAACCUUGAGUCGCUCAAGAAGACCGAGUCUUCGUCCGCGUUGAAGGCGGCGGCCCGUCAAGAGAUGAUGGAGAGCGAGUCGGAGAGGGAGUGGGAGCUGAUUGCAGCCGGCCUCAAAGUGUGGCCUGACGUCCUGGAGAUUGCUCCCAAGUUGAGGGUUGACGUUGAGAAGGAAUACUUUUGA